AGGACGCUUGGAUCACGUGAGCCGAAUGACUAGACCAAAUACUACAUUCCCCAGCGGGCCUUGGGGCAUUUUCUCGUCACGUGAUUAGAAAAGGGAGCGGCGGAUUGGCGGACGAGGGAGUCUGUACAGCCUUGCAGCAUGGAGGCCGCGCUCUUCAUCUUCUCGCUCAUUGAUUGCUGCGCCCUCAUUUUCCUCUCAGUCUACUUCAUAAUUACACUGUCGGACUUAGAAUGUGACUACAUCAACGCCCGUUCCUGCUGCUCCAAACUGAACAAGUUUGUGGUCCCAGAGCUGGUCGGCCAUACUGUGGUUUCUGUGUUGAUGCUCGUGUCAUUACACUGGUUCAUCUUCGUACUUAACCUGCCUAUAGCAGCAUGGAAUAUAUACAGGUUUAUUAUGGUGCCAAGUGGAAACUUGGGGGUGUUUGACCCUACAGAGAUUCACAACCGGGGACAGCUGAAGUCUCACAUGAAAGAAGCCAUGAUUAAACUUGGAUUCCAUCUACUCUGUUUCUUCAUUUACUUGUACAGUAUGAUUUUGGCCUUAAUAAAUGACUGAAGCCGUGAGUGAAUCGGGAGAGAAUCCCUGUGCGCCCAGUUGAAGGAGAGAGCCGCAAGAGAACAAGACUGUUCAGGAAGCAGACAUCCCAUCUGAACCCACAGUAGUAUUUUCCAUUUUUGCCUAUUUAAAAGCAAUAUUUGUAGCUGUAUUUUUUUAAACAUGUAUAAAAACUUUUUGGAAAGAA